CUCUGCACCAACCAUGCCCAUGCCCCUUGGAAGCCCAUGCCAGGGCUAGCAGGUUGUUAUUCCAGAAGGGCCCACCACUUGGUUUAAUGCUGUGCUGUCACCAUCUCAAAAUUCUUAAUAAUUUUUGAAAGAGGGGCCCCACAUUUGCAUUUUGAACUGGGCCACAUAAAUGAUUCAGUCCCUCCUGCCUUCACUUUUGCAAAGGAGGAAGCAGGUGUCAGGUGAAACAGAUUCCUGUCACUCAGCAAGUGUGCCCCAUUGUUCUGCACAAUUAUUUGAAUUUUAUUACUGCUCCUGAACAGUGGUCAUCAAAGGGUCUCAUACCUGCUGGCUGCACAUCCACUUCCUUCAGUGAGCCAUCAAACUCCUCUGCAACCUUCAAAACCCAUGCUCCGCAGACACCAGUCCAGUCCGCCCCCUCCAAUGUCCUGGAGUGCACUCAGUCGUUUUCACUGCCUGGAAUCUGCCCACCGUCCGCGUCAAAGUUCAGGCUGCAUUUCUCCUGCUUCCUCCCACCUUCGGGGUUGGGGGCGCCUGCACGGGCCUGGGGCAGUAGAACCAACAUGCGCCUCCCAGAACACCAGAGGGCGCCUACGCUUCAGCACUGCGGAGGCAGCCGCCCUGGAGCGGGAGCUUCUGGAGGAUUACCGCUUCGGGCGGCAGCAGCUGGUGGAGUUGUGCGGCCAUGCAAGCGCCGUGGCUGUGGCCAAGGUGUUCCCCUUGCCUGCUCUCUCCCGGAAGCAGAGGACUGUGCUGGUCGUGUGCGGCCCAGAGCAGAACGGGGCUGUGGGGCUGGUCUGUGCCCGGCACCUGCGGGUGUUUGAGUAUGAACCGACCAUCUUCUACCCCACCCGCUCCCUCGACCUGCUGCACCGCGACCUGACUACCCAGUGUGAGAAAAUGGACAUCCCCUUUCUAUCCUAUCUGCCCGCAGAGGUCCAGCUCAUCAAUGAUGCCUACAGGCUGGUGGUGGAUGCUGUGCUGGGCCCCGGCGUGGAACCUUGUGAGGUUGGGGGCCCCUGCAUACGCACGCUGGCCACGCUCAAACUGCUGUCCAUCCCCCUUGUGAGCCUGGACAUUCCCUCAGGCUGGGACGCGGAGACCGGCGGCGGGGAGACGGAGGACGGGCUCCGGCCGGAUGUGCUCGUGUCGCUCACGGCGCCCAAGCGCUGCGCGGGCCGCUUCUCCGGGCGCCACCACUUCGUCGCCGGCAGGUUCGUGCCCGACGACGUGCGCCGCAAGUUCGCUCUGCGCCUGCCAGGGUACACGGGCACCGACUGCGUCGUGGCGCUGUGACCGCCACGCGUCCCCGCGCCAAUAAACACAUCGCGCCGCCGCC